UUGAUUCUGAUAUUGCUCAACAUACCUCCAGAAAUGAGGUACCAUUCCAACAAUAUCAUAUUAACCAUGACCAUUCCAGGACCCCACAGUCCAGGAAGUAUUGAGUCAUUUAUAUAUCUCCUUUUCCAGGAUGCAGCACAGUGUAGUCAAGGUAUAUGGAUGUGGGAUGCUAUAGUUUCCUCCUAUUUCAUAAAUCACAUGUACAUGACUAUGAUUCUGGGAGAUAUGCUAGGCUCAGCAAAGUUAAAUGGGAUGGCAGGACAUACUGCAAAUUAUGGUGAUAGAUUUGUUUUGGUCAAAAGGGCAAGACCCAGUCCCGAAAAAGGUGCCAAGGCUCAGUACUAA